CUUACCCUCAAGUGCGGGGACCCCCCCACCCCAAUUGUAUUGCAGGUGUAUCCAUUUUCUGUCAAAAUUCAAUUAUCAUGGAUCCAUUCAUGUGCAGCAGCAGCAGCAGCAGGAAGAGGAAGAGGAAGGAAUGGCUAUGGCUUCCAACCCCACCCCACCAUCUCUCUCCCUAUCCCUGCCCUUCAUCACAACCUUCAAGCUCUGCGUCCUCAAGCUCGCCGCCUAUCUCACCAUCCGCCGCGACGGCACCGUCAAUCGCCGCCUCCUCCACCUCUUCGACCUCAAAGCAUCGCGUUCCGCCACCAGGCGCAUCGGCAAAACUAAUUGCGUCUCCGUCGCGGACGUCACCGUCGACGCCUCCCGCAACCUCUGGUUCCGCCUCUUCACCCCGACCGCCGCCGCCGCCCGACGCCCGGUUCCCUUGAUCGUCUACUUUCACGGCGGCGGAUUCACCAAUUUCGCGCCGGAUUCAAUCCCCUAUGAUUUUCUGUGCACUCGGAUCGCAGCAAAUGUCCCCGCCAUUGUUGCCUCUGUAAACUACCGCCUAGCUCCGGAGCACCGCUGCCCCGCUCAAUACGACGACGGAUUCGAUGUCCUGAAAUUCAUCGACUCCCAAAACUACGCCGUUUUACCCGCUGCAGCCGAUCUGAACAACUGCUUUCUCGCCGGAAGCAGCGCCGGCGGCAACAUAGCUCACCACGUCAUGGUCAGAGCCUCCCGGAAUAUUCGCGAAUUCAGUGAAUUGAAGAUCCAGGGACUUGUGCUGCUGCAGCCAUUUUUCGGAGGAGAAGAGAGGACUGAAUCGGAGCUGAGGCUUCGGAACAGAGCGCCUGUGCUGAAGUUGGAGAUGGCGGAUUGGAUGUGGAGGUGCUUUCUGCCGGAGGGCGCCGACCGGGACCAUCCGGUGGCGCAUGUUUUCCGGGGCAGGGAUGAUCUGAAAAGCGUCGAAUUUCCGAGGGUGCUGGUGGUGCGAGGAGGCUAUGAUCCUCUGCUGGAUUGGCAGAGACGAUACGUUGAGUGGUUGCAGAGCUGUGGGAAACAGGUGGAGGUGAUUGAAUAUCCGAUGGCAUUUCAUGGCUUCACCAGCUUCCCGGAACUGCCCGAAUUCGAUUUCUUGAUUAGGGACCUCUGCAAUUUCAUCCGAAGACAAAAAUCUCUGUAACUGAAUUUGUCUGUUGUUGGUUUUUUAAGGUGCAAAUACAUCUAAGUAUCAACGAAAUACACUCAACAUGGCAACUAAAAGCCUUAUAUUAGACAUAUAGUGCACUAUAUAUAUAUAUAUAUGCAGUGAAAUGUAAAGUACUAAGGAUGUGUAUCUUUAGGGUGGUUUUGGAGAAUUUUAGUUUUGAUUUGAUUUGAUUUGAAUUUUAAAAUGAGUUUGAGUUUUUAUGUUUCUUUUUGUAUGAAAGUUUGGUUUGAGUUUGAGUAAUUUUGAUAUGGUGUAAAGUAAUAUUGAAGGAGUGUUAAGGAUCCUUGA